AGCAGAACAGACACCAAGUUCGUUUUCCAAGUUGGUUAAGGUGCGUAGAGCUCUUGAUCAGCUUCAACAUUAUCCUGAACCUAGAUUUUCCUCCUCCUUACACCCAAACCCUUCAGAAGCAUAUAUAUUGCUAGUUGUCAACAUGGCCAUCUGCAGAUUGCUCCAGUUUUGUUGUGUUUUCUCGUUAGGUUAUCUGCUAGCUACUAUCGUUCAAAUCAUCUUCUUCUCUCCGAUAUCUCCAAACACCCUUUAUAUACCGCCGGCAUCUUCAGUUGCUGCUUUUCCGGCAAACAAAAAAUUACAGAGUGUGAUUAAACUUGGAGAAGGGUUUUUAGAAAAUCCAGAGGAUGUAUCUGUCGACGAAAACGGUGUGUUGUAUACGGCUACUAGAGAUGGGUGGGUCAAAAGAUUACACAGAAAUGGUUCCUGGGAAAACUGGAAGAGAGUUGGUGGUGAUACUUUGCUUGGAAUCGCAACCGCCAAAGACGGUGGUAUAUUUGUAUGCGAUACUGAAAAGGGACUUUUGAAGGUUACAGAUGAAGGGGUUAGUGUUCUUGCGUCGCAUGUUGAUGGGGCCAAAAUAAGGUUUGCGGAUGAUGUGAUUGAAGCAUCGGAUGGAAACUUAUAUUUCAGCGUAGCAAGCACCAAAUUCGGACUCCAUGAAUGGUAUUUAGACUUGCUUGAGGCAAAGCCUAACGGUCAGCUGCUGAAGUACGAUCCCUCAACGAAACAGACAUCUGUUGUGCUAGACAAUCUCUGCUUUGCCAAUGGCGUUGCACUUUCUAAAGAUGAGGAUUUUCUGGUGGUCUGCGAAACUUGGAAAUUUAGGUGCCUGAAGUACUGGCUUAAAGGUGAGAAGGUAGGGGAAACAGAGAUUUUCGUCGAGAAUCUUCCCGGCGGACCAGAUAACAUCAACCUUGCUGGAGAUGGUUCUUUUUGGAUAGCUUUGCUGAAGAUAAUUCCUGAACGUUGGGCGUUUGUGCAUGGCUCCAAGGCGGCCAAACAUGUUGUAGCAUCAUUUCCCAAGUUGAUAGGGUUUGUGAAUGGUGUGAAAGAGAAUGCCCUGGUGGUUAAUGUGGCCCCCGAUGGCGGCAUUAUAAGGUGGUUUGAUGAUCCGAAUGGAGCUGUGAUGUCCUUUGUAACGAAUGCUCUGGAAUUUGAAGAUCAUCUCUACUUGGCAAGUCUCAACUCCAACUUCGUCGGAAAAUUGCCAUUGAAAUGAUCUGCAAGGUUUUGGAUGAUGAUGAAGGCAAGAAGAGACAAAGCUAAAUGGUAAUCUGUUGUACUUUAAACAGCUUGCACAAGCAGACGCCGUGGUUUAGGAUGAUUUCAGCCUAAAUAAUAAUGACAAUAAGUUUGA